GUUCUUCUUGCCUAACAACUUUUCUCCUCAAAUCCAGAGCUUCGAAAGAUCAUGUCACAACCAAAGUUCCUGUCCGGCGACAAGGCGGGCAUUGACGAGUUCCUCGACCGAUUCGAUGUCUUUCUCUUCGAUUGCGAUGGCGUCCUCUGGUCUGGCGAUCAUAUGUUCGAGAAGGUCCCCGAGACACUGGAGAUGCUGAGGAGCAAAGGCAAGCGAUUAGUCUUCGUCACGAAUAACAGCACCAAGUCGCGUGCAGACUACAAGAAAAAGUUCGAUAAACUGGGCAUACCCGCCGAAGUUGACGAGGUCUUCGGUUCGUCGUACAGCGCCGCUGUGUACAUCGCUCGCAUCAUGAAGCUUCCGGCUCCGAAAAACAAAGUAUUCGUUAUGGGCGAGAGCGGUAUCGAGCAGGAACUCGAGUCAGAAGGCGUGCCCUAUAUCGGAGGCACAGACCCUGCACUCCGUCGCGACAUCGAACCGGAAGACUUCACAAACAUCGCGAACGGGUCCAUGCUAGACCCCAACGUAGGCAUCGUUCUCGCCGGAUUGGACUUCCACAUGAACUACCUGAAGACGGCGAUCGGAUUCCAGUAUGUGCAGCGCGGCGCACAGUACCUCGCGACGAACAUUGACAGCACGCUGCCCAUGUCACAUAGCUUCUUUCCUGGAGCUGGAGCUAGUGGUGCUGCUCUCGAGAAGGCGGUUGGAAAGACGCCUGUGUCGUUUGGCAAGCCCAGUCAAGCUAUGAUGGACGCCAUCGAGGGCAAGUUCAAGUUGAACCGGAGUAGGACGUGCAUGAUCGGCGAUAGGCUGAACACAGACAUCCAGUUUGGCAUUGACGGAAAACUAGGUGGUACCUUGGCUGUGCUGACUGGUGUAAGCAAGAAGGAGGAUUUCCUUGCAGACGGUGCGGAGACUGUGCCGUCGGCAUACGUGAAUGCCAUUAGCGAUCUGCUUGGUUGAACGUGAGCGUACUGAAGGGCAACGGUUAUGGCGUUCAGUUAGAACUAGCAAUAGAACAGCAGCCUAGACAUGUGACGAUCUGCACAUGGCCAAUCCUGGAA